CAGCUGAAGCCGGAGAGCAACCAGCGGCUCUGCUCAGUGAGUCGGGACGGGGGCACCGAGCCAGGCUCGGCAGCAUGGGCUCGAACGUGCAUCCUCGCCGGCAGCAGGGCGUCGGAGGGCCGCAUUUUGCGCAGAGGAAAGCGAAAGGAACUGUAUUUCAAGAAUCUUUCCAGACAAAAACAAAUCAUGGAGAAGAAUGGGAACAACCGAAAACUUCGGGUUUGCGUUGCUACUUGCAACCGAGCUGAUUAUUCAAAAUUAGCUCCUAUUAUGUUUGGCAUUAAGGCGGAACCACAGUUCUUUGAGCUUGAUGUCGUGGUGCUUGGCUCCCAUCUGAUUGAUGACUAUGGUAACACCUACCGUAUGAUUGAACAAGACGACUUUGACAUUCACACGCGGUUGCACACCAUAGUGAGAGGCGAGGAUGAGGCAGCCAUGGUGGAGUCAGUAGGCCUUGCGUUAGUAAAGCUACCGGAUGUCCUCAACCGUCUGAAACCUGACAUAGUGAUCGUUCAUGGGGACAGAUUUGAUGCUCUGGCACUAGCCACAUCUGCAGCCUUGAUGAAUAUUCGGAUUCUUCAUAUUGAAGGCGGGGAAGUCAGUGGGACCAUAGAUGACUCAAUCAGACAUGCCAUAACCAAACUGGCUCAUUUCCAUGUGUGUUGCACAAGAAGUGCAGAGCAGCAUUUGAUAUCCAUGUGCGAAGAUCAUGAUCGCAUCCUCUUGGCUGGCUGUCCUUCAUAUGACAAGCUUCUCUCCUCCAAAAAUAAAGACUACAUGAGUAUUAUACGUAUGUGGAUAGGUGAAGAUGUAAAACCAAGAGAUUAUAUAGUCGCUCUGCAGCACCCUGUGACCACGGAUAUUAAACAUUCCAUAAAGAUGUUUGAACUAACGUUGGAUGCACUCAUCUCCUUUAACAAAAGGACGCUAGUUCUGUUCCCAAACAUCGAUGCAGGAAGCAAAGAGAUGGUUCGGGUGAUGAGGAAGAAGGGCAUUGAGCAUCAUCCCAAUUUUCGAGCAGUAAAGCAUGUUCCGUUUGAGCAGUUCAUCCAGUUAGUGGCACAUGCUGGCUGUGUGAUUGGUAACAGCAGCUGUGGUGUUCGAGAGGUGGGAGCGUUUGGAACUCCUGUCAUCAAUCUGGGAACACGUCAAAUAGGAAGAGAAACAGGUGAAAAUGUUCUUCAUGUUCGUGAUGCUGACACACAGGACAAAAUACUACAAGCUUUGCAUCUCCAGUUUGGACAACAGUAUCCUUGCUCAAAAAUAUAUGGGGAUGGUAAUGCUGUCCCAAGAAUUCUGAAGUUCCUCAAAUCUAUUGACCUCAAAGAGCCACUGCAGAAGAAGUUCUGCUUCCCUCCUGUAAAGGAGAACAUCUCACAAGAUAUUGACCAUAUCCUAGAAACUCAGAGUGCCUUGGCUGUGGAUCUAGGUGGAACAAAUCUCCGGGUAGCGAUAGUCAGUAUGAAGGGUGAAAUAGUGAAGAAAUAUACCCAGCUCAAUCCUAAAACCUAUGAGGACAGAAUAGGAUUGAUUCUCAAGAUGUGUAUGGAGGCUGCAUCAGAAGCUGUAAAUCUGAACUGCAGAAUUUUGGGAGUGGGUAUUUCUACAGGUGGACGAGUGAAUCCCCGAGAAGGAAUUGUGCUUCAUUCCACAAAGCUCAUUCAGGAGUGGAGUUCUGUUGAUCUGAGGACCCCGAUAUCUGAUGCUCUGCACUUGCCAGUCUGGGUGGACAAUGACGGCAACUGUGCUGCUCUGGCAGAGAGGAAAUUUGGGCAUGGAAAAGGAGUGGAAAAUUUUGUAACGCUAAUCACUGGUACAGGAAUUGGAGGUGGAAUCAUUCAUCAACAUGAAUUGAUCCAUGGAAGUUCCUUUUGUGCUGCUGAACUUGGACACAUUGUGGUGUCUCUAGAAGGACCAGAGUGCCUGUGUGGGAGCCAUGGAUGUAUAGAAGCAUAUGCCUCUGGAAUAGCCUUGCAGAGAGAAGCUAAAAAACUACAUGAUGAGGAUCUGUUGUUAGUGGGCGGAAUGUCAGUGAAGACGGAAGAGACCAUUAGUGCUGUGCAUCUCAUUCAGGCAGCUAAACUUGGGAAUGCAAAGGCUGACAGCAUUCUCAGAACAGCUGGGACAGCUCUAGGCCUUGGAGUGAUGAAUAUCCUGCACACCAUGAACCCCUCUCUAGUGAUCCUUUCUGGAGUUUUAGCAGGCCAUUACGUUAACAUCGUCAAAGACGUGAUCCGUCGGCAGGCUUUGUUCUCUGCUGAGACAGUGGAUGUAGUUGUCUCAAAUCUGGCGGACCCUGCUCUGCUUGGAGCUGCUAGCCUGGUGCUAGAUUACAGUACACGCCGAAUAUACUAGGUACCUGGGGAAGUUCCAGAAAUGGACAGUCCAGCUGUAUAACUGUUCUGGGGGGCGGGGGAAAUACUGUGCCCAGAGUAUUUCCUGCUGACCAUCAGCUUUAUCUUCUGUAGUAAAGCAGACUAGUGUUUUAGGUAGUUAGUUACUACUUCAGUAUUUCCUUAUUGUAGUAAUACCUCUUUGUAUUUUUUUCUACAUUUUAGCCAAGUUCAAAUGAAGUAAUGUGCAUUUCCAUUUUUUUGUUCACCUCUGUAGUUUGGGAGCUCAGGUGUUGCUUAAGCGAUGCUAGAAAGACUUAUCCAUAAGCACAUUCCAGUGUUCUCCCGGGAUAUAUUUGGUGAGGUGUGCCAAGUUCUAGACAACACUUGGGAACCUUGGUCCUGUCUCGUAACUCUGUGAAACUAGAAAAGCCUGCAAACAAGUACUGGUUUGGUCUGACUCAGCUUUGAAUUUCCUCGCCCUCACGCACAAGUGGAUGUGCUGCAAUCCGAACCCAUAGGGCGUUAGGGUGACCAGAUGUCCCGAUUUUAGAGGGACAGUCACGAUUUUGGGGUCUUUUUCUUAUAUAGGCUCCUAUUACCCCCCAACCCCUGUCCCGAUUUUUCCUAUGGGUUAUGAUUUGCUGUCUGGUCACCCUAUAGGGCGUCAUCCCGCUGGGUGGAAACAACACAGAGGUUGCCUCUCAGGAGAUAACCCUGGCAGCCAGAGCUCCUCUCAGAGAAGGAUUCUUUUUGUUGUUAUUUAUUUGUAUUGUUGAUGCCGAGGGGUCCCAGUCAGGGAUCGGGGCCCCGUUUGUGCAAAAGGAAAGACUGUCCCUGUCCGUAUAAGCUUACACGAUGCAACAUGUGGCCAGACAAACGGGGGAGUGUGGGAGCAAGGUAGCAGAGUGUCAUCUGUGCCUCCUCAGCAAUUGCUUUUGGCAGUGACCAGCAGUGAGUUAUUUGAAUUUGACCUGUUCCACUACUGUGGAUGGAGGUUGGGGUGGAUUUCAGUUUCUCCGGGUUACUGGUCUGCCACAGCAUGAGUCUGUCCCGUGUUAGCAUGCCAGGAUUAUUCACGCCUUUCGGCUGGACUACAGCGGUGCAAUAGCCCUGGGCAGGAAGCCAUCAGCACUCAGGAAACUCCAGCUGGUACAGAACACUGCAGCCCAUCUCCUUGGAAACCCAGGCUACCCACAAGCACAUCCGCCCUGCCCUCUGCUUCCUAAACCAGCUUCCUGGUAGGGAAUACUCAAUCAUGUUCAAGGUCGUGGCCCUUAUCUUCAAGGUGCUCUGUGGCUUGAGCCCAAGGUGUCUAAAAGACGGCCUAAAGUUCUGGUAUGAAGAUCAUGAUUGACAACUGCGCUCCUCUGGCACAAUGAAGCUUUCAACCCUACAUAUCAAGCUUAUCUGAGCAGCAGACACAGCCUUCUCACGAGCCGGCCAGAGAUUGGAACAGACUCUACAAGAGCUGAGACUAUCACAAACCUCCCCACCUUCCGCUCCAAGCAGCAGAGGCAUUUCUUGGACCAUGUCUUCUCUAACAUAAACAUGCACACACACACACACACCCCGCAACCUUUUCCAGUAUAUCAGUGUGUAUGCUAGUAUAAAACUUCCAGAACAAAACACACUUCUCCGCAUCAAGGGGGGUGAGAAAACCGCCAUGUGACAGAGGUUAGUCCCCUGGCUUAAUGCACUGCUGGAAGGGGUGCAGUCAAGCCCCUAGGAGCCAGGCAUGUGACGUGAGCGCUGAACACCAGAGCAAAGAGAACAGUUGCUGCCCAGUUAAACAUUCAACACAAGAAUAUGGCACUGAGCCUUUAGACUCCAACCCAAGGCUCGGGUGCGUUGCAGAGGUGCUGAGUUCUGUUCUCUCUCUGACCACCAGUAUCUAUCCCAGAAUGACACCAGACUUGCCCAGUGAUGGGCACUGUUCUCUGUGAAGGAAACCAUCAAGAUUCUACACCUUCUUCCAGUGAGAGUGAGGUCCUUGCAGGGCCCAGUGUGGCCUCCAACCCUGGUGGGGUUCUUCUUCCCCCAUGGCCUUUUUUUUAAUAGCAAGAGGACACUUAGCAGAGGGGGGCGGUGCUGUGCAAUUCCCUUGGAGCAUCCCCUUGACAAACAGUGCUGCUGUGAACGGGGGAGAAAUGGCUGCGUGGGAGAUCCUGCCUGCUCUUCACCAAAGUCCCCUCUCAGCUGCAGCUUGAUGGGCACAGGGGGCUCAGUGUCACUCAGAGCUACAAGCGAGAGGGCUUGGCUUCCACUGAGAGCUGGGUAGCCCAGGCUGUUGCAGACCAGAACCUCCAUGAGGAACUUGUUCAGAGUAAGGUCCCUCCCAACAUGGGUGGUUUCACUGCCAUUACUCAGGCUUGCUGCAUAUCUAGCUGGGUAAGGCAUAGCUAGAGCACAUCGGAACUAAAGCCAAAGAAGGAGCCCUGGAGUUUAGUGAGUGUAUGGGACCAAACAAAGAAAAAACUGGAAGGGGAGG